CUCCCUCUCUCCCCCAUCCUCUCCCCUCAGGCUCCUAUAUAACCUCUGCUGCUCGCCUCGCCCUGUCAAAGUCAUGCUAUGUGGAUUGGCUUCAACAGGUGCUUUGGCAUGCAUGCUGUAGAUUUAAGGCAAAGUGAUUCAGUUUAUCAAACAGGGCUAUUUGAAACUAAAUAAGUAAAAUUUAAGAAUUCAGCUGACCCACCACCCACUUUGGAGCUGCAAACUGAAGUUACACAGGAUUGGAACCCAGCAGCCAGGUGCAGACUAUGGACCAAUCAGAUUUCACCCUGAAAACAGCAUCACUGCUGCUGCUGCUGCUGCUUCAGGUGUGCGGCACAGAUGCUAAGAUGGAGAUCAUUACCAGUAAACAAGAUGUGAUGGUGGGAGAAGCCCUUCUUCUGCUCUGCAAAGCGGGUGGAGAGGGAACUAUAACAUGGCAAAAGGACCUAGAGGACAUCACUGAUGAUGACAUCAUUUCCAAGGUGGAUGAGACCUCCUCUAAACUGUCCAUCGCAAAUGCCACAAUGGAGGACGCUGGCAAGUACAUCUGUUUGUGUGACUUCGACAGUGGACACAACGAUGAUGUUUCAGUCCAGAUCUAUGUUUAUGAGGGUCCAUCUUUUGGCAACACCAACACCCACCAUGAGUUUCUGGAGGGCCAGGACGCAGUGGUGCCAUGUCUGGUGACUGGCCGGCCGGCGGUGGAGGUGUACUGGCUGAAAGACCAGCGACAGAUCCCCUCUUAUGGGGGAAAUCGGAUCCGUCAGCUGAGUGAUAACUCACUGCAUAUCUCCAAGGUGCAGCGAGAUGACGCUGGGACGUACAUGUGUCAGAGCCGGAUCAAAGGAAGGCUCAUUACGAAGGACCUCCCCAUUUCUGUGGUCGUCAAUGCUCCUCCGACAGCACGUCUGACAGAAGAGGAGAAAAAAGUGAUGGCUGGACCAGAAAGCAGUGUUUCCUUAAUCUGUUUGGUGGACGGCCAGCCGAAACCCAACAUCACCUGGACCAUGCCUGUGAACUUUGACCCCUCACGCCAUCAGUUCAACUCGGACCGCAGUGAGCUGACCAUACGGUCCGUUACCAGGGGCGACUAUGGGGAGUACAUCUGCACAGCCAAGAACAAGAUAUCUGAGAGCAGUGCCACUAUCAUGCUUCAUGUCUCUGAGGCCCCAGAGGUGUAUCUGGGUGUUGAGCAGCAGCAUGUGUCAGUGGGAGAAACUGUGCAUGUGUCCUGUAAUGUCUCUGGCCAUCCUGAGCCCGCGCUACACUGGAUCAACAAACACAGCAGACACACACUGGAUUCUGCAUCUGGUCGUAUUCGUGUUGUGGAUGGAGUGCUGAUAAUUGAUGAGGUGGCGCCCUCUGAUGGCGGCCUGUAUUCCUGCAUGGCUGUCGGUCCCUCUGGAAAUGCAUCAAGAGACGUCGCAAUAUUCACCCAGCCCGCUCAGCUGAAGCACCUGUCAGUCUCUCCUGGAUCAACCUCAGUCCUGUUCUCCCUCAAUAUCCCGCCCAUCAGCGGGGGAACACCCAUCACAAGUUUCACUCUGCAGUGGAGGCAAAGUGGAGCACAGCAGUGGGAGGAGACCACAGUGCCAGCCUCAGAUCCCGUGGCUAUCACCUCCCUCAAGCCGUACACAUCCUACACAGUGCGUCUGGCUGCCGUGAAUGCAGUUGGACAGGGAGAAUUCUCGGAAUCACACAAAAUCCGUACCCAGGGCAUUCGUGAACCAGACAGUCCUGUGCUCUCAUCCAAUCAGAUAAAAGUAGAGGGCAACACCUUCACUGUCCCUCUUAAACAGAUUGACGAUGGUGGGAGUCCUCUUCUGCACUUCAAUAUACGAUACAGACAGGACUCAGAGGGGGAGGAGUGGAAGGAGAAGCAGCUGUUGUCGGAUGCGACCGCCGUCUCUCUCCCAGGACUGUCGUCUGACUCAGAGUAUCAGCUGGAGGUCAUAGCUGUCAAUGUGAACGGCUCCUCUAUGCCUGCCAUGCUUAACUUCACCAUCCCACCACAGCCUGUCGUCAAACCUGGCAUGACCAAAGGGGGCGUGGUUGGCAUCGUCAUGGUGAUCUUCCUGUUGUUGUUGCUGGUGGUAGAUGCCACCUGUUGCUACACCAACCGCUGCGGCCUGCUCAUGUUCAUUGCUGUGAAACUCUUCGGGCAGAAAGUGCCAGGCCUCAAAACGCUUGAGGAUGGAGAAGGAACUAUUGGAGAACUGAAGUUGAAGGGUCUAGCCACUCCGAGAGACAGUGUACAACAGCAACAGGAGGUUCAGACACAGACAAAGGAGGGGGGGCAUCACACAGAGGUCACCUGCGACAAAGCCCCCCUCACCAAAUACGAGAAAACUCCACCAAACGGAGACAUGCCCACGACUGAUGCAUGAGGCCCCCAACCAGAUCACCAAGAUAGAAGAAGUAGUCACACAACAAUAAUAUGAUCAUGCAAUCAAUCAGUUAACCAAUCAACCAAACAACCGAGCAGACACUGAGUCAGAGAAGCCAGUAAAGAAGUCCUUGAACCAGCUGCAUAUCACACAUUACUGACUGAUAAUGUCGAGAUGAAUGAAAGCAGGGAGUGGGUUGUUUUGAAAUUCCCUCUGAGCCUUUGUUGGGCCCCUCCUGACGGCACUGUCCUCUCCUCAGGUCCAAACAUCCCAGCGUCCAGCUGACAUGAACAUUUGUACAUGUCUUGUACAGACUGUAGACAGGAGCUGUUGUCAUUUUGUUGUCCUGUCUGCUCCGAGUGGGAUUGGAAUCAGUUCAAGAUCAACUUCAUUGACAAACUGUGUAUCUGUUCUGAUUUGUAUUUUUGUCCUUUGCUAUUACAGUUUUACUUUACAGCAAAAGACAGUAUAUUUUUUUGACAGGGUAAAGGGUAAUCUUGAUGUUUUUUGAACAGGGUGAAGGUAUUGAUGCUAUACACUGAUCCUCAAAAUGCAAUAUAUAUAAAAUGUUUACCUGCUACAUUUUAACUGCAGAACACAUUUUAUUUUAUUUUAUAACUCUGUCUAAAGUAAUCAUGCAUUUUUAAAUGGUGAGAAAUCCUUUGGAAUGGGAUUAUUUCCCGUUUAUGCCGCUAUGGUAAAAUUAGUCUGCUACAAAUGGAUAAGCAUUUAAAGUUCUUUUCCUGUGUAAAUACAGCUUUUGCUGCGUCCAUAAAUGUAGGUCUGUGUUUAUAAUGCCAUUUCACUGUUGUGUAUUUUUCCUGUACUUUAUUUUUUCCUGUAUCAUUUAGGCUGUUGUACUGAGGCUUAUGUCAGUCCUAACGUCUUAUUUAUUGAAAUUAAACUGUAUUCUGUAUUCUGAAACUGACCAGCAUUAACAUUAACCAUUUACAAGACAAUUCAUCUUAUACUAAACACAGCAGCAUUUAACUAACCUACUUUGAUAUUUAUUGUUACUA